AUGGAGAACGUACCUCCACUCAGCAGUAAAGAACGCGAAAGGUCAUGCUCCCCUCGUCGGAAGCCACUGGCCGGGCUCUUCGAUAAUCUGACGAUUUCGCCCUCCACGAGCCGGACCUCCACAAGUAUGACCAGCGCCAUCAGCAAUGCUUUUCAAUCUCGGGGCUGGCCCCCCUCUAUCUCAAAGGCUUCACACAUGGAUAAUACACGCCUCUUCUACACGAUCGCCAUGGAUUCGACCGCGCGGGCGUACAUCCCGCUUGACCAAGACUCGCCCAUGGACAUGUUCAAAAAGGCGACCGAUUUUUAUAACGUUAUUCAGGGGAAAUUGAAGGAAAGAGGAAGCGACGGUGUCUCAAUUCUCAGCGAGAUCCUGACACGACACCUGGGGACCGUCAUCUUUGGCAGCAACUACAUUGAGCGCGCCGGUCUCAAUCUAGAGGAGACGAUCAAAAUCUGCGAGAGAAUCUUCCGUGGAGAAUACGUGGACCCUGAGCAUAUUCCAGAGAGAGAGAUUGACUACGAAAAGAAGCUUAUCGGGACCAUCCAUUCCAAGACACGGGCCUCGCACAUUAUUCGAAGCCGGCGUGAGGUGGUUCAACACGCGCUGGCGUUAAACUUUCUCUCAACAGAAAUGGUCGUGAAGGACAAGCCGUUGUCCGAGGAUCUCGUCCUACGUACACAUCACAUCCUAACCGAAUCAAUCAACACAGCUGGAGGACUCCCGUGGGAGGAGUACUCGGGACGAUAUCGGAAGAUCCAUGUUCAUGCUGGAAAUACCAAUUUUGUCUCGCCUAAAUAUAUACCAGCAAAGAUGCGAGAGCUGGUUUCCGAGUUCGAAAGAGAUGCCCAGAAGAUUGAAGCCAGCCAUACCCUUGAUCCCUUCACUCUCGCUGCUAAGUACUGCAAUGACUUUGUGAUGAUUCAUCCUUUUGCAGACGGUAAUGGACGAAUGUGUCGACUCAUCAUGAAUGCAAUUUUACUCAAAUAUGCUGGUAUAGUUAUUUGUCUCGGCGAGCAUGACGAGAGCCGCCAGCAGUAUAUUAACAUUCAAAGAAGAGCCGGAGAACGCAUGGAAGGUUCGGGGGAACUUGCAGCAUUGAUUCUAAAGAAGUCAAUUGCCAGAUAUCGGACCCUAAAACAGAAAAUCAGUGGAAAGAAGCAGGUCUCUUGA